CCAGUCGUGGGGCAUCCGGAGCCGAUGCUCGGCAGAUUUUUGGCAUAUAUAAAAACCUUUCACAUCUCCCAUGUAUGAUGUGAUUGCCCACAAUGCGCGAGUAUAUAAACGGUUGUGCCCAUCCCUUGACUGUUUCAGCUCGUACAGCAAGUAGUCAGCGCGACCGAAACGAUAUUGAGGCAGUCCCGUCUCUCGCGCAAAACGCAAUUCCGCAUAUACGAACAUAUACCCAUCCGUAGGACAGCAUGCCGACAGAAGUCAUCGACAACGUCCCUGCGAAGGGUAUCUCUUACUUCUCACCUUUACAAGAUCCCCCGGCCGGUACCGGUCUAGCUUCCAACGUGGAUGAACGCGCUAUCCCCAAGCUCUUUACCCCCAUCACCAUCCGCGGCGUCACAUUUCCAAACCGGCUUUUCCUAUCGCCUCUGUGCCAAUACUCGGCAAAGGAUGGCUACGCGAACGACUGGCAUCUGACACACUUGGGGGGCAUUCUUCAACGCGGUCCCGGCUUGACUUUUGUUGAGGCGACUGGUGUCCAACCUCGUGGCCGAAUUACCCCGCAAGAUGUUGGUCUAUGGGAGGACGGUCAGAUCGCGCCAUUGAAGCAAAUUACCGAGUUUGCACGCUCGCAAAACCAGAAAACCGCAAUCCAGCUCGCGCACGCAGGCCGCAAGGCAAGCACCGUUGCGCCGUGGUUGUCGUUCAACGCGACAGCCGUCAAAGAGGUUGGCGGUUGGCCGGAUGAUGUGUUCGCGCCUUCAGCAAUCCCUUUCGUAGCUGACAGAAACCCAACGCCCAAGGCCAUGACCAUCGAGGACAUCGAGCAGCUCAAGCGCGAUUUCGUUUCGGCCACUAAGAGAUCGGUCGAAGCUGGUUUCGACGUGAUCGAAAUACAUGCCGCGCACGGAUACCUGUUUCACGAAUUUCUGUCACCCAUCACCAACCAGCGCACGGAUCAAUAUGGCGGCUCGUUCGAGAACCGCGUUCGUAUCCUGCUCGAAACUGUGGAGGAGGUCCGCAAGGCGAUGCCCGAGAGCAUGCCUUUAUUUGCCCGCAUUAGUGCUACCGACUGGUUCGAAUUCGACGAGUCGUCGAAGGAAGAGUUCCCGGAGACGUGGACAGUCGAGCAGUCACAGCGCCUUGCACCGCUCCUAGCUGAGCGGGGUGUCGACUUGCUCGACGUCUCGUCAGGCGGUGUACACGCCAAGGGUGCGGCUGCAAUCAAAGCCGGCCCUGCUUACCAAGCGCACUUCGCAGCGGCUAUUAAAAAGGUCGUUGGCGAUAAGAUGUUAGUCUCAGCUGUCGGUGGCAUCUCUAGCGGGAAAAUCGCAGAAGAGGUGCUACAAGGCAGGAACGGUGACACACCGGUCGAUACUGUUAUGGCCGGCCGUUGGUUCCAGAAAAACCCGGGCCUGGUAAUAAAGUUCGCUGAUGAGCUCGAGGUCGAGGUGAAGAUGGCCAAUCAGAUUGGAUGGGGCUUUAUUGGAAGGGCUGGGAAACCUAAGAAGACCCAGAAAUUGUAGGUGCCCUUAUUAUGACGAUAGACAAGUGGGCGAUACCAUUGAUAGAUUGGUGGUAAUGAGGAUAUGCGUGAUGCUAUAAUGAUCAAUACAUACACGGGUGACCAAGUAUCCCGUUCACACCACAUGUCUCCUACUCAACAGUAGGCUGUACCACCCAUGCC